ACUCUGGGGUCCUGCUCUUCAUUCGCUCGGUAUAUUCAUCUGCUUGGUCAUCGUAACAUCACUGCGUCACUUGAGGAGGAAACACACGCAGACUUUUCAGGAGUUCCCAAGUUAUCAUCGAACCAGUUUGGCGUUUUGGAGGAAGGAGCCGUCACUGCUGAAGGCCUGCAGGAUGCGGACGACUAAUCUUUUCGUCGUAAAGACAGUAGUUAUCAUCGGGUACCUCGCCUGUAUAACAACAGCAGGCAAUCCGUGCUGCAAGGGAUCAUGUCAUGAAAUCCCCAAAGGCUGUCACUGUCCCUUCAUGGCUGUCCUGUGUGGGGACAUAAACACACUUUCCAUGGGAAAACGGAAAGCGGACGACUCUUACCAGACAGUACCGUCGUCCCAGCAGCAGUUUCAGCAAAGGAGACUGCAAAUGCCCCACUCCCGAGCAGACCGGCGGCUAGACGAUGACCGAAUUGUAGGCGUUUUGAAUAACCUUUUGAGACUCUUGAAGGAGACUCACCAAGCUGACCAAAAAGCCUUCGAUGUACAAGAUCAAAACGACAAUGAGGACUGGGAAGCGGUGACGUCAAGCAGGAAACAGGCGUCGGAGCAUGCGCAGAACCUUUACCGCCGCCACUCACUUUUCUCAGACGACCUGUAUUGAAGAACGUCGUUUUACCAUCAUUAUAUAACUGACAGAAAUUGAAAUAUAUUUUGCUGUUUUAUUCGAAUUAAAUUUUGAUUGCUGCAGCUUUUGUUUGUCCUGUUAUGAUCACAUUCUAAGCUUUGGGUAACUUAAAACUUCGAACUCUGGCAUAUCUUUUAGCAAAAUAUGUUAUUCAAAAAAUUUUUGUAUUUGCAAAUAUAUCAUUCAAAUUAAUCAUGUAAACGACCUGAUUAUUGUGUAAGUUUAAUAACAAACUAUUUACAACACUCGCACAGUUUAACUUACCUUACCAAUCACCUAUCACGAUUACUUCAUUGCGCAGAAACUUAUUCAAGACAAAUAAAUUAUCUCGCGUGAAAUAAAUACCACCCCCUACAAAAAUCCUAUCGAUGGCCAAGUAACGCCCAUUUUAUCCAUUUAGUGACCUGGGAUGAUUUCCAUCUUGUAUUAAUUAACACAUGUAGUCUGCUCUCAAAAACGAACAUCGUGGGAAAAAAUCUUAAGUCAAAUGCCACUUAUAUUGGGAUCCAAGAAGGGUACAUGUUUGGUAUAAACAAAUGCUUAACAAUGAGUGCAGAAGUUAUGUAGCAGCUGCACAUUACAGUAACACGACUCGCGUGUAAAGUUAGUUUACAGACAUCGCACAGUGUCUUUCAACUAUAAAAUAUACCUAUUCCAAUGCUUCAAGAGGUAAUAUGUAUACAGCUUAUUACAGCUGAGUAGGGUAUUUAUGUGAUAAUUCUAUUUUUCUGAAUGUCGUUACCGCCCCCGAUGUCUCUUUUGUAAUGGGUAAUUCAUCAGGGAUAUAGCUUCGAUUUUAAUUAUUUGUUUUAAUAACAAAUAUUAUGACCUUGGGAAUCACAAUUUCACUAACCAGGACAGGUAUAAAUCGAGCAAUAUUAUAGACUGACAUUGUUUUUUCAUAAAACACGUCAAUAACAUUCCGUUCUAAUGUUCGUAUAUUAAGAUUUGACACCCUUUUUUUCAAAAUAGUCCCGGAUUUAGCGUUGCGAGUCAAAAAAACAACAUGAACAACAAAAGUUGCCAUCUGUCAGGUCGAUAAUUUUGUUCCAUAGGGAUACCCUUGAGUAGACAUUUUGCGCACGUCCCUCCAUAACAAAAGCACUGAAACAUGGUUGUCAUGCACAACCUCUAUGGAAACAAAUUGUUGGACAGAACCUGCCAUCUUCAGUAAUUUAGCAAUAGUUACCCUUCAUAGGAUCUCGCUGACAAACCUAUAAUUGGAGAUGAAGCUUUGAAGAAAGUUUUACUAACUGAGAAAUUCCAGAAAAAAAUUAUAAUUUACUGCAGGGAAUUUACUGUUCAUGGUAUUUAUCGGGGAUAUUUUUUUACUGGAAGACUGAUAAAUGCUUAGUCAACUGGAUUCUGUCCAAUAAUGGUACUAACGCACAGUGUGCACCGUGAACCAAUCAGUUACCUGGUCACGCAAGUGUAGUUGACAUGAUUGCUGUGCUGUUGUUUACUCUUUAAGUAGAUUUGGCUAUGUUGUGUAAACUGUCCGUAAUUUCAUGCUUAGACCCUCUAGUCGUUGAUUUGCCAAGUUGGGGUAGGUUCAUACUAGAGGCGAGUAAAGUGAAUUUGACAUCACAAAACGUUGGCAUUUUAGAGUGAGAUAAAAACGUUUGCAGUGGAAUUCGUCCGUCGACGACUUGAAAUACGUUCAAUCUUUCCAAAGUCGUAGCUCAAAUAUUUAUUCUGACGUAACAAAAUCACUUUCGCUUUUGUGCUAAGCAAGAAUCAGCCUUUAAAAAGAAAAUAUUGAUGCAGUUUAGGAACGGUUUUCAAUGAAAUAUGCCAGUUCAUUUGGAAUAUUCGUCAAAAACGACUUAAACUGGACAAUUCUUGCGUGAUGUUAUAUGUAAUAUCCAUGUUAAUGAUGCCUACUGGCCGACCGUUUUCGACUCUAUUUGGAAAUUGCAUCUUUUCCAAACAUAUCGAAAACACCACCAGAUUUUUCGUUGGAAACUGCGUGUUUACCCUUAGGUUUGAAUGCAAUCUAUCAAAGUAUCCUGUUACAGUCUCAAUAUGAAUGUCAAAUGUCACCAAAACAACGUAUUAUAGUAUUAUACAGCCACUGCAUGAGGGAACAAGGAUAUGUGAAGAGAUUAACUUGGUCAGCGCCCUCUAGAGUCCUUGUACGGGGCCAGUAGGGCUACACAAUACAGCGUAGAUUAUUGACCACCGAUAAUAAUUGAUGUUGUCAUGACACCAAGUGGAUCCAUUACUUCGACCUUUUUACACUUCAACUCACGAGUGUCAUAUUACAUUGAGAUGUAAUUAAGCUAGACUCUUACACUUGUUUGCAUUUUCAGUCAUAUAAAGAUGUAGCUGUUUAGGGAAAAACUUGACCUUUCAAUGUACAAUUAAUUGUUUUAUUUGUAAUUUUUAUUGUCCCAAACAUUCCAAGCAAACUUUCAUAGUGAUCACUUUCACAGGUGAACAAAAAAGGUAAGAACGAAGAAAAGCCUUUUUUUCGAAUCAGCCUGGCACUGUUUUGGAAAGACGUUUGUUUUGUUUUACGAAGCUUCAAGAGAAUAACAAUACCUAUUGAUUCAAUCCCUGGAAAAAGGUGAAUGGUAACAAUGGCAUUUGACAAGGGGUCAACUGAACUGUAAGCAGGGAAAGAUUAGUUUACUAGCUGUGGUUCGGAGAUAAAAACAUAAAUGCAGGUCGAACCCAUGACCUACAGACAUGAUCAUCUUUCAGUGAACAAAGGGCAUUGACGCAGUGCCAGUGCCGAUCCCUGUUGUAAAUCGUCUAAACCAGAAAAAUCCCCUUCCUCGUGCUUUUUGAAUGAAGUCAACUAAGUCAGUCCUACGUCAGCUAAUCGUUCCAAAAAGAAUGGUUAUGAGUUGUUUACCAUAUACUUGUGUUUAUCAAGUUAGUGUGCGGCGUGGGUGUGUGUAUGCAUAGACGGAAGUGACGUUGUUCGCUUGUGUUUAGUUUGUGGUUCGAUGGGACCCGCCACUUUCAAGCCGAGAACACUGCGGAUGAUACACAAACAGCAUCCCAUAAGGGGUGGAACCAUUCACCUCACUAGAUGAAUACGAAACAACAAUCGAAUGAAUCGGUGGUAAUAUUGCACGAGGCUUUUUUUAAUCCUUUUUAAGUUUUGUUAAAUCUACAAGAAACACAUUUGUGAAGGUUUUAGAGGAACGAAAAAUAAGUGUCCAGCGCUAUUCAUGUAAUAACAGGCUUCCGUGACGUCUCGGGGGCAGCGUUCCUGGGGGCUUAAGAUUGAAGUGCAGAGGGAUGACAGCUCUGACAAAUGAAUGCCACCAAAACAAGUUUAUCUUGAUCAAUGUAGCACAGUCCCAAGUGGUAAAUUGUGAAUCGCACGCCAGGAAUUGUAAAUCUUUGCACAGAAGUCCCUGACGCAGCUCUGGCGGUGAGAAGUAAUUGAAUGUAGCGCUUUUCAGACCCCCUUUCCAACCUGGUCAGCCCACAUGAGGGCCGGUCGGCGCCCGAAUUAAUGUCGACGCGGAAACGGAACCAUCAUAAAUUGAAAUUGCUGGGCCUCCGUGCUGCGCUCAGGCAUGAUUGACCCGACAAGCUAUUUGCGAGUGGAAUUCUUUUAGCCCGACUUAAUCGAAAAGCUUGUAUACCUCUCCAAUUAAACUAUUAUGAUCAUUGUCCAUCGUAGCGGCAAUAGUUAAUUGAAUGGUUCUGAUAACCCCCGUUUUGUUUGCCGACCCCUUGAAACCUCACACGUCCCUGGCAGUAGGUGCUUCAUAGUGCACUUUUGUUUAAAGUUAAAGGUAGCCACACUUUACGUUAGUUUUAUGUCGAAUAAACCAUUAAUUAUGGCUCACAUGUCAAGCACACGCAUUUCCAAUUUUCACCACCUUUAAUCAAAUAUUACGUGUGACAAGACGUGAUAGUAUUCUUUAUGUGCAUUUGUCAUAGCUAAAAUCUUGAGGUGCAUCUCAACAAAUCCAAUAGAAGCCAGUGUGCUGCAGAGUACUUGUCGCCCAAUUUUUAUGAAGAUGCAGCGGUUUGACCCGACAUUUUGUAAUGCUGAAAAACAAUGUCCUGUAACAAAUAUUAACCAGGCCCUUGCGUGCAAAAUGUUUUGGCAAAAUAAUACAUCACGAGUUAAUGAAAGACUGUUUGAGUUGCAAUCAAAAUGAGUGCGGAAGGAGGUGCAUGAAGAGCGGGAAGAGAAAGUAGACCUGGUACGAACAUGUUUGUGGGUGAGAAUAGGAGCAAGAAUGUUUACUCAAACUCACAGCGGUGUUUACAGGCUAUGCAAUGAAUGUGGAGACAAGACAGGUCUUGCGCACUCUGAUGAGGUACGAACAUGCGCAUAUACGGAUACGAGUCAAUCUGGGUACAAACAAUCACGCAAGUAGGAUUUGUAUGAGUGAGUUCACUGAGUGUUGGGGAAGUAAUACAGGCAUAAACAAAACCACGUCCGCUUUCCAUGUAAGCCUAUCACACCUGAGAAUGACUCACCCUUCAAUGCCAUCGUUCAAGGGAUUUCCAGCAAUGUUAAUAAAAAUUUCAAGUGAUUAAACAUAUCAAUCAGGUCAGAAACGGAUUUAAUUUGAAAGUACACUGAGUCAAAGUCCCGGGCUCCUGAGAACAAGUCAGAGGACCGAUGUAAGUCAUGAAUAGCGGCGAAAACUUGCAAUGUUGAUUUACUCUAACAGCAAAACAAAUAGCUACGUAAAUUUGCACUGAAGUAUCAAGCGUGACCUUGUAUUAAUGCAUAAAUUAUACAUCCAUAACUGUGAUAUACAGCAUUGUAUGUGAGAAAACUCUCCUUAAAAUACUUGUCAUAUUAAAAGUUGACGCACCGGUUGUGUGCUUUUUCGCUGUAAAUAUUUGCCUUUUUUCUCUUUAUGCGUGCCACCAUUUCAAACAUUUCAGACGGAUAUUUGAAGUUCUUAUUGAGUUAUAUCAAUACAGUAUUCUGUUGAUUAAAACUCGCUUGAAACCUGA